GCCUCCUCCUCGUUCCUCCUUGCAGCCAGCGCUAGGGUUCCCACUCCUUGCUCAGAGCCGCCGACACGCUCCCCGCUCCACCCUCCAGAGCCCUCUAGAGCCGCCCCCGGUGCUCGCCUGCGCCGCAUUUGCUCCUCGUAUCCUCUCGCGCCUACCCUGCUUGCUCUGACGUUGCGCUGGAAAUCGAAAUCGAGGCCGGCGACGGGGGCCGCGCUGGUCCGGCGCGCGGCGGCUAUGGAGGUGGCGGAGCAGGCCGACGCGGCGGGGCCGUAGACGCGGGGGCUGCCGACGAAGAAGGCCUCGGUGCACGCCGGCGCCGACGCCGACGCCGCGUCAGACGGGUUCCUCUCCGCUUCCGGAGGUGCGACGCUGGUGAGGGACCGUGCUCGUGCUCGCUCGUCGGGGAGACUGGUGCCACCUCAAACACCUGAGCCGCUAGGUCCUCAUCUCCACCAGCAAUUUCCACCCAGCCGCACAAGCAUCACAGUCUCAAUUCGAUGGAUUGCAAGAUCGACAUCCGUAGCUCUACUGACUCCAGCAGUCAACAAUGAUCAGAUGAUUGCUAGCUAUGCACUGGCAGCAGCGUUGAAGCGACAAGGAAACCCGCAUGAAAGCUUCUUAACCAGGUUGCAGAUAUUGCAGGCAGUGGAGUUUAAGUCUUUAUUGGGAGUAGGGUUUACUUCUUCUGUCAUCAACCCGAGGGGGCCUGCCUUAAGAUGGAUGCCAUGAAAAACCGUGCCAGAGCUUUUGCAGAGGGCAUCGUGGUAAUGGUAUGCCCGGUCCUCCUUGCCAUAACAUUUCAGAAGGUUGACUUCAAGACCAAGGCACACAGAUUCGUUUGGGGCAUAUGCCCAAUCGCAGCAAUCACACUGGAGUCAUGUCUAUUCCCGUUCCUGUUUCUCUUGGCAUCAAAGAACCUGGACUUGGUCGUUCUGUUCCCAAGACUUUCAAGGUGGCUAUUUGGUACCUCAAAGCUUCUGAUCCAUCUCUGUGCACUGCUCCAGAUGUUCCUCGCCUUCGGCUUUCUAUUUCUAAUCAACAGGAAGAAUCUGUGGUAUCUCAUAUACUUGAUUCCAUUCAUGGCUCUCACCGUGUGGCGAUGCUACUGGACAGUGCAAAACGAUGCGAUUACCGAUGGCACUCUGUACCAAGAGUGUGAGGGUGUACUCGAAAGAUCCUUGGACUUCUCGUCUGUUGUCACCGCUAUCCUGUUCCUGGGUUUGGAAGGCUUGGCUUUGGAGGGGCAUAGCAACGGCGCCAAGGGACUGGAGCACCUGCUUGCUGCCGCACUUGGUUCUAGCUUUAUGACAUGCGUCGGCGGCGUCUUCAUCAUGCUCCUGGGGACAGUCCCUAUUCUGAUUGCUGACAGUGGUUAUGAGAGGUACUGGCUGCGCCGCUUCGUUGAGAAACUGAACGUCUUGCUGGGUAUGGGCAUUGUUCUGACCGUAUCGUUGAUCACAGUCGCAGCUCUGAACUGGCUGGCGUUGCUUGCGUUCAUACCACUGCUGGUUUCAGUCAUGGCGGGUGUAUUUGUGAUUCUGAACGACGAUGGCUCCGGCUACCUGCCGCUUUUUGUACUGGAACAGGUUAAACCAGCGUCCAUGGAGCUGACCAAGGUCACAUUUACGGGCUUCUUGGCUGUCUCGGUGCAAAGCUUUGGUAGCAAGUCUCUCAGCAGCUACAGCCACGCGUUCAUUCUCCUCACCGCCGCAGCUGUCAUCACCGGCAUCUUCUGGAGGCUCUUGACUCACAUCACGCCAUCAACGAUUGGCAUGCAUAAGGCCGUGAAGAGGACUGUCAAUGUUGCUUCUGUUGGUGCCCAUGUCUGCAUCGCCGCCGCUGUUAUCCCCUUCACCGUGAUGGCCUUCCAUGCACUGAAGUAAUUGUAACUGCUGCUGCCUGUUAUCCUGUUCAUGAUGCUGGUCUUCACAACGCACUGAAGUAAUUGUAACCGCUGCUGCCUGUUAUCCUGUUUAUGAUGCUGGUCUUCACAACGCACUGAAGUAACUGUAACCGCUGCUGCCUGUUAUCCUGUUCAUGAUGCUGGUCUUCACAACGCACUGAAGUAACUGUAACUGCUGCUGCCUGUUAUCCUGUUCAUGAUGCUGGUCUUCAACGCUCUGAAGUAAUUGUAAUCGCUGUUCACGGUGGUGGCCUUGAACGCUCUGAAGUAAUUGUAAUCGCAGCUGCUGCUUGUUAUCUUGUACUCAGAUUUUCUCUAACUUUGUGUUGUAAUUUGGUCAUGACUUGUAUUCGAUGGUAGUGCAUUAUUAUUCAUCAACAUUCUCCCUUAACCAGCAUAAUGAGUUGCA